AUGUCCGACACCUACACCCUGGCCGAAGUGCAGAAGCACAAGACCGCCGCAGACGGCAUGUGGCUGAUUGUCGAGAACAACGUCUACGACAUUACCAAGUUUCUGCCCGAGCACCCCGGCGGCGAAAUCGUCCUCAAGCGCUUCGCCGGCAAGAACGCCACAAAGGCCUUCCACAAGUACCACAACGAGCAGGUCCUGGACAAGUACGGCGCCAAGUACAAGAUUGGCACGGUGGCCGAGGCUCCGAAACUGUAG